GUCGGCAUGGAUUACACGCGAUUGAUCCUUCCCUUGCUCUUUGUGAUCAGCCAGGGAGCUCAGCACGCAGAUGCUGAGCUCAGCGCCUCCGAGAGAGCCGAAAAGCAGCCCUCCAGCGCCCCCUCGCCGCUGCGCCGGUCCAAGCGCUGCUCCUGUUCUUCUCUGAUGGAUAAAGAGUGCGUCUAUUUCUGCCACCUGGACAUCAUCUGGAUUAACACUCCAGAGCAAACUGUGCCAUAUGGGCUUGGGGGUCCUUCUCGAACCAGGCGGUCACUGGAAGACUUACAUCUUGGAAACCUUCUGGGGUCUCUCAACAGAUGCCAGUGUGCAAACUUAAAAGACAAGAAGUGUAUGGGCUUCUGCCAGACUGGAAAAGUUCACUGGGCUCAGUCCACUACAGAGAAGGGGUGGAGGCAUCUUCAUAAAGACAGAGAUUGCAAAGGAGUUGGACUGAAAUGUGUAUACAGGCAACUGGCUAACAGCAAGAAAGUGAAACGGUUAGAUUCCAUUGGUAACAGUAUCAAAGCUUCUUUCAAUAUUGCCAAACUGAGAAGCCGGCUGCACAAACCAAAGCAGCUGAAGCAUAACCGAACGUAUAAAAAGCAAAACAUUUGGGAAAGCCUGAAGACGACGUCUUAGUGGAAAGAUCACCAAACCUAAUCCUCGAGUCAUCAAGAAUUACUGACAAAGCAUGGCUGAAGCUCUGUUUUGACUUCUUAACAUUCCGCUCCAGGAAAAGAUCAAGGAGUGUUGUUCUAAAUAUUAACUCUCUAAAGGUAGAGGAGGGCCCACAUAAAUCUUCCAUUCGGACAGAUGACAAAGCAGUUUAAUGCUGCCAUCCUCCUGGAAUUCAGUUAGCUGGGCUGGGUCAAAGAACAGCCCUUCAGCUGACUUUUUUGUUGGUGGGCUGUCAGAUGAAGAUGUGACAAAUUUGGGGCCCAGAUCUGAAGAGAGGGUAAAAUUGAAGCAAUGAGCUCAUUUGGUUUGGCAGGCUUCAGAUAAAGCGGUCUUGAAAUAUAACAUAAGCUGCACUCUGAUCAAGAAGAUCAGAAAUGGAGAGGUCAAGAUUUGAAAGAGAAGACAUCUGUAGUCUUGACUCUCAUUAAAUGCAAAAUGACUGUGCUACUUUAAUCAGUACACAUCUCCUGCAUAACAGGUCUACCUCACAUGCUCUGUGUUGCACUCUUGCCAAAGUAUUGUUAUAAUGUCUUUGUGGCCUUCAAGCAUCGGCUACAACCUCUUAUUUUUAAUAGUUCAUACACACAUGUAGUUCACUAUUUAAUUCCUUCUGAAUAUUUAGGGCUGUGGAUCAGAAUUGUCUAUUCUCUAAAUGCUGACAAGUGAACAAAGCUAAUACCCUCAGCACACACUUUUUGGGAAGUAGAUCCUGAACCCAGCACACACUUUUGGAGAAGUAGAUCUCAUUGUUUUUCAGUGGAUUAUAGUUUCAAAUACAUGUGUGCUUAGGAUGGAAGUGUAAAGGGUUUUCAAUAAAUGGGGGUAAUCACGUCUCGAGAAACUGCAUUAACACUUAAUUCAAGAGGGGUUCUAAUGGUGUUUAAUAUAAUUGUGGGACAUGGAUAACCAAUGUUCUAAUAAGAGGUUGUUUUGCCUGAUCUUUAUAAAUGAAAAUCUGGAAGGCAACACAUGGUUUAAAAUUAAGAUCAAAGGCUAAUAUUGUGUGAACGUUAAUGGCAGUGAAUUUAUCCAUAUGACUGAAUUUGCUGCAUAAGGUUUGGAUGGUAUUUUGUAUGCUGUGCUUAUUUUUUUAUCUCUAUAUUAUAUUUAUAUUCAUGAACUGUGUCAUUAUAUUUACCAUGUUGAAUAUACAUUGAAACAGGCCAUAUUGGUCUAUGCAUGUCUUAUGUAUUUCUGUAUGAA